AUGAUGAGGCUCUUGAAGGCAUACGGUAUUCCACCCAACCUGCUCAGAGCAAUUGAAGCUAUGUACUCUAACACCAAGGCGAGAAUCAUGACACCUGAUGGAGAGAUGGAGCAGUUCGACAUUACUGCUGGAGUUCUGCAGGGAGAUACGCUCGCCCCAUUCCUCUUCAUCACUGUGUUGGACUACGCCCUGAGGAAAGCGAUGGCAGAUGGCAAGGAAGAAGAAUUGGGCUUUACCAUCACCCCCCGCAGAUCUAGGAGGCACCCGAAGGAAGUCUUAGCUGACCUGGACUUCGCAGACGACAUUGCCCUGCUAUCUGACGCCGUGGAACAAGCCCAGGAACUCCUCCUUAGAGUAGAGACUGAAUGCAACAAAGUAGGUCUCGGACUCAAUGGCCCAAAAACCAAAUACCUGGCCUACAACAUCGAUGAUCAUCCUCCUCUUGUCCGGCACUCUCCUCUGGUCACUCGUAACGGCACCGUCCUAGAGGAGAAGAACGAUUUUAAGUACCUUGGAUCCUGGGUAGAUGAAUCCCUGAAGGACAUCAAAGUCAGAAAGGGGUUGGCCUGGAAAGUCCUCAAUGAUAUGGACAGGAUAUGGAAGUCCAACAUGAAUCCAGGUCUGAAGAAGCGUUUCUUCGUCGCCACGGUCGAGUCAAUCCUCAUAUACGGGUGCGAGAGUUGGGCAUUGAAUAAUGCAAUGGAGAAGUCCCUCAAUGGUACCUACACACGCAUGCUACGCAGGGUCCUAAAUGUACACUGGAGCUCACACACAACCAAUGAAGUGCUUUACGGCGAACUGCCCGCAGUCGCUGACAAGAUAGCAGCCAAGAGACUCCAGCUUGCAGGACACUGUCACCGCCACCCUGAGCUGAGCACCCAGAAAGUCUUGCUAUGGGAGCCAAAGCACGGCCACAGAAAUAGAGGGCGGCCACGAACAUCGUAUGUGGAUACCCUAAAGAAGGAUACUGGAGCGAAGAGUGCCAGCGAGCUAGCUUCACUGAUGAAGGAUUGUGACGUUUGGCGCAACCAUGUUUACUCUCGCCGCGUUGCGACCUAAGUCAAGUCAAGUCAGACAAGCUGGACCUGAUCCUAAAAUAAAAACCUAGCCUCAGUUUUAGUCUUUUUACCAACUCCUAAAAGUGAGAAGGAAAAGUCAAGGACUUAUCAAUCAAAAAACCAAGAUAUCUGUUGCUCAAAACAAACUCAGUCUGAGAACUCGAAGAAGUCCAGAUUGAAGGCACGUUUAAGGGCUUAGGUUAAGUGUUUGAAAACAGCAUGACCUUAGUCUUGUGAGCGUACGUGGGGCACACAUGCACAGCUAGGCCAGUGGUGCCCUCACAUCAGCAGUUCUGCUCCCAUCCUACAGUUUUAUGGUGGUAUAAUAUACUCCUCUUUCUGAAACAUCAGUUAUUGUUUUGGCUGUCAUGAUAGCAGUGAAAAUAAAUAAGCUGUUUGCGAAGGACAGUACCUGACAACCAUGCAUGACAUCACCUCACCCCAAUCCAAAUCUAAAUGGAAACAAUGGUAACUGCACCAGCACCCAAACUGAAUGUAACAUAAGAAGAACCAGUUAAUUUAAACGAUACGUACAAUCUGCACCCUGAAACAGGUGGAAGGUUCACCUCAUUCAGCUAUAAAGGUGAGCCUGCUGAUCUCUGUCCACCAAGUCUCCAAAGGCUGUAUGAUCUUGCUGGGGUCGUCUAUGACCCAUGUUACCAUGUAGAAGCAAAAUACGGAUGUAUUCUCUUUCUCAGUUAAGCAACCUGUGCAUAAAUGCUACUCUAAGGAAUUUGGCUGUCUCAGAUCACUUGGCUCUUUUAACUUUUAAAGAUGAUUUUUAGUCUUCCUCAACCAACAUAUCUUCCCACCUCAGUUUUUGAAAAUCAACUAAAAUGGCCAGGCUUGACUCCUGAGAGCAGCCUCGUCAACAUGAGAGUGAAAACUGAAUGUGACAAUCAUUUGAUGUUUACAGAUAAGGACGGAUGGUUUGUCACUUUAUUGCAGUCCACACCACAAUAUAUGGACCCCUGCUCUUCACCCAGACCACCACCAUUAACAAAAGCUGCCUAAGAACCACAUCCUCAUCAUUCUUUUACUUCUGGGAGGGCAGCCACUAAGUGCAAGCUGGUUAAUGUGUCAUUUGUUCCUGUCAUGAGAUACUCAAAGGAAAGGAGAUCACAGUCCUGGGUGGUAUGAAUAAUGAAGAAAAGCUCUGUCUCCUCCUGUGGAAAGCUGAGUGCCCUGAAAUCACCCUGGCUCAUCUGGUUUGGUCUCAGAGUCCUGGCAAUUGUUGCCUGA